AUGGAUGAUAAUAGCAUAGACGAAAUAGUUGAUAUAUUUACAGAAAUAAUACAUAACACUGGAAUGAAUAUAAUUAAAAAAAAUAAAUACAGCGGAACCAAAAAGCCCGUACCAUGGUGGUCGGAAGAAUGUAAAAACAUAAUUAAAAUCAAAAACAAAGCCUUAAAUAAAUUUAGAAAAAGCAGAAGUAUAAUCGAUCUAAUUGAACUUAAAAAACAAAGAGCUAAAGCUAAAUACAUUAUAAAAAAUUGUAAAACAAACUCGUGGAACUCUUUUACGUCAUCAAUUACCUGCCUUGAAAAUCCUAAUAUAGUGUGGAACAAAGUAAAAUCAAUAAAAGGAGUGCAAAAAUCAACGGAUAUCAAAUUACUCAGAACUAAUAAUAAUAAAUCCAUUAUUACAGAACCGUUAGAAAUAGCAAACGCACUAGGUGAAUACUUUCAGGAAAUAAGCGACGAUAACAACUUUGAUCCAAAUUUCUUAAAGUACAAAUCCGAAAUCGAAAAACAAAAUAUAAACGUUAAGGAACUAACCACUGUUGAACAUAUUGAUACACCAAACCUAAAUUUGUCAAUAACAAGAAAAGAACUCGACAACAUUAUUUAUGAACAUAAGAGCAACUGUUGUGGACCCGAUGACAUCCCCUUCAUAUUUAUACAAAAUUUACCCGAAAUAGGAAAAAUUACAUUACUCAAAAUAUUUAAUAAAAUGUGGACACAACACAAGUUCCCAAAAAAAUGGAAACAAGCUACCAUUAUCCCAAUUCAUAAACCUAACCAAAAUAAAUUCGCAGUACAAGGAUACAGGCCUAUAUCGCUGCUAUGCACAAUGAGUAAAAUAUUCGAAAAAAUAGUCAGCGUUCGACUUAACUGGUUUCUAGAAAAAAAUAAACUUCUCGCCAAAGAACAAUUUGGAUUUCGGAAAAACAGAUCGACCUACGACUGCCUUGUAAACAUUGAUACAGAAAUAUGUGAAACAAUUGCAUGCAAACAAUACAUGGGACUGGUAAGCUUCGAUAUACAAAAAGCGUACGAUAUGACAUGGAGAUACCGAAUUAUUUCAAUCUUACUAGACUGGGGCGUUAAAGGCAACAUUUUAUAUUUCAUACAUAAUUUCCUUAUUGACCGAACAUUUGAAGUUGCUGUUGAUGGACAUCAUUCAUCCUUAUAUAACCUGAAUAACGGAAUUGCCCAAGGCUCUUCCAUAAGUGUAAAAUUAUUUAUAAUCGCAAUAAAUGACUUAUCUAAACUUAUACCCACCCCUGGAAAAAUUACAAUAUAUGCGGAUGACAGCAAUAUUUUCUUUCGACACAAAUGUAUUCACACUUUAGGAAAAGAAUUACAGAAAUACACCAACUCACUUAACGAUUGGAGCAAAAAUACAGGGUUCAAAUUUGCACCAGAAAAAUCCCAGUUCAUAAUAUUUUCACACAAAAAAACUAAAAAAAAACUAACUUUAAAAAUGGACAACAAAAUAAUUCCUUACACAAGACACUUAAAAAUAUUAGGUCUUACCUUCGAUGAAAAACUUACCUGGACCACACACAUAAAAAAGCUAAAAGACAAAGCCAAAAAAAGACUGAACACUAUCAAAGUACUUUCAGGUACGAAAUGGGGAGCAGACUCUAAAACCCUAAUAAACAUUUACAAUUCACUGAUCAGAUCAAUUUUGGAUUACGGAUCCCCCUUAUAUAUGACAUCGAGAAACUCAGCACUGACAAUGCUUGACGUUAUCCAUAAUGCUGGCCUAAGAAUGGCAUCUGGUGCAUUUAGAAGUAGUCCCAUAAACAGCAUACUCAAUAUUACAGGAGAACAACCACUUAAUAAUCGGAGAAAUCAACUGAUGUUGCAAUACGCAGUAAGAACAGCAACCGACCCGAACAAACCAACGUAUUCCACAGUAUUCAAUAACAGAUUCGAAAAUACCUUUAACAACAACAACAAAUUAAUACAACCUAUGUACAAAAGAAUAAAAGAAAAAGAGGGAGAACUAAAAUUAGAAAUAAGUAAUAUAUUGACUAGAGAAAUACUCGUAAAACCUCCAUGGACAACGACAAAGUACUCGUUUGACAUGUCGAUAGCAAUUUACAACAAAAAAGAAACCACAAAUCUUACAUACAAAAAUGCAUUCUAUGAAUUAAUAAACACAUUACCAGACUACAUACAUAUAUAUACCGACGCCUCAAAAACAGACAAAGGGGUGGGUGUUGCUGCAGUUUUUCUACAAACCGAACUUUCGGAAAGGUUGUCGGAUAAUUGUAGCAUAUAUACAGCUGAGGCACUAGCUAUAUAUAAAGCACUAUCCUAUAUAAUAAGUGCCAACCUGCAUAAUAAUAAGUACAUAAUUUUGACAGACUCCAUGAGCACUCUAGCUAGUCUUAGUAAUAUCAAUAACAAUAAUGUUAUAACUAUAGAUACUGGUUCAUAG